UUCCAGGUUGGGUCGGACCUGAACCUCUAAAAGCGGAACCACCUCCCGCCCUCUAGCCAGCAGCCCGCUCGGAGCUGAGUCGCCGGCGGCGGUAGCGGCGGACGGACCGGGGAGUUUCCUCUCGCAUUGGAUGGAGCUGAACUUUGGGCGGCCAGAGCAGCGCGGCCGUCCGGGAAUCGCUGCGUGCUGAGCUCCCUCGGCGAGACCCAGCGGCAGUUCUGGAUUUUCGGGGGGGCGGGGACCAGCUGCGCGCCGGCACCAUGUUCUUGGCGACCCUGUACUUCGUACUGCCGCUUCUGGACGUGCUCCUGUCGGCCGAGGUCAGCGGCGGGGACCGCCUGGACUGCGUGAAAGCCAGCGAUCAGUGCUUGAAAGAGCAGAGCUGCAGCACCAAGUACCGCACGCUCAGGCAGUGCGUGGCGGGCAAGGAGACCAACUUCAGCUUGACAUCGGGCCUGGAGGCCAAGGACGAGUGCCGCAGCGCCAUGGAGGCCCUCAAACAGAAGUCGCUUUAUAACUGCCGCUGCAAGCGGGGUAUGAAGAAGGAGAAGAACUGUCUGCGCAUCUACUGGAGCAUGUACCAGAGCCUGCAGGGAAAUGAUCUGCUUGAAGAUUCCCCGUAUGAACCAGUUAACAGCAGAUUGUCUGAUAUAUUCCGGGUAGUCCCAUUCAUACCAGUGGAGCACAUCCCGAAAGGGAACAACUGCCUGGACGCCGCCAAGGCCUGCAACCUAGACGACACCUGUAAGAAGUACAGGUCCGCGUACAUCACGCCGUGCACCACCAGCAUGUCCAACGAUGUCUGCAACCGGCGCAAAUGCCACAAGGCCCUCCGGCAGUUCUUCGACAAGGUCCCGGCCAAGCAUAGCUACGGGAUGCUCUUCUGCUCCUGCCGGGACAUCGCCUGCACCGAGAGGAGACGGCAGACCAUCGUGCCGGUGUGCUCCUACGAGGAGAGGGAGAAGCCCAACUGCCUGAAUUUGCAGGACUCCUGCAAGACGAAUUACAUCUGCAGAUCUCGCCUGGCGGAUUUUUUUACCAACUGCCAGCCGGAGUCGAGGUCUGUCAGCAGCUGCCUAAAGGAGAACUACGCUGACUGCCUCCUCGCCUACUCGGGGCUUAUUGGUACAGUCAUGACCCCCAACUACAUAGACUCCAGUAGCCUCAGCGUGGCCCCCUGGUGUGACUGCAACAACAGUGGAAACGACCUGGAGGAGUGCUUGAAAUUUCUGAAUUUCUUCAAGGACAACACGUGUCUUAAAAAUGCAAUUCAAGCCUUUGGCAAUGGCUCAGAUGUGACCGUGUGGCAGCCAGCCCUCCCAGUUCAGACCACCACUGCCACCACCACCACAGCCUUCCGGGUCAAGAACAAGCCCCUGGGGCCAGCAGGCUCUGAGAAUGAAAUCCCCACUCAUGUUUUACCACCUUGUGCAAAUUUACAGGCACAGAAGCUGAAAUCCAAUAUGUCGGGAAGUCCACACCUCUGUCUUUCUGAUCGUGAUUACGAAAAGGAUGGUCUUGCUGGGGCUUCCAGCCACAUAACCACAAAAUCAAUGGCUGCCUCUCCAAGCUGCAGUCUGAGCCCACUGCUGGUCCUGGUGGUAACUGCCCUGUCCACCCUAUUAUCUUUAUCUUUGGCUGACACAUCGUAGCUGCAUUUAAAAAACAAUAUGGACAUGUAAAAAGACAAAAACCAA